AUGGCAGGCGCGGAAAGUUUGGGCCAGCGGGACACCUGUCUGUGCCCCGGGUUUGCGCUGCUCUGCACCGUGGCCCGAGCCAAGCGCAUCAUCGCUUGCGUCUGGCUCUUCACCUCCCUCUACUGCAUGAUGUGGUUCUUCCUGGUGGAUACUGCCCAGGCUACCUUCUCAGACGGGGCACAGGUCAGCUGUGGCUACAGGGUCUCUAGGAACCUAUACCUGCCCAUCUACUUCCUGGACUUCACCAUCUUCUAUGUCAUCCCGCUGGGGCUGGCCACCGUCCUGUACGGCCUCAUUGCCCGCAUCCUCUUCAUGAGCCCUCUGCCUGCCACCCCCCAGGACCCCGGCAGGCUCAGCUCCGUGCACCAGGGCAAGCCGCCCAGCUCCAGCUCCAUGAAACUCUCCUGCCAGGGCAACAAGGGGGCUCUGAGCUCCAGGAAACAGGUGACCAAGAUGUUGGCUGUGGUGGUGAUCCUCUUUGCCCUGCUGUGGAUGCCGUAUCGCACAUUGGUGGUGGUGAACUCCUUCCUGGACCCUCCUUACCUCAACAUCUGGUUCCUCCUCUUCUGUAGGAUGUGCAUUUACCUGAAUAGCGCCAUCAACCCCAUCAUUUACAACCUGAUGUCUCAGAAAUUUAGAGCAGCCUUCAAAAAAUUAUGCAAAUGUGAACAGAAAAGGACUGAGAACCCCACCCAAUACAAUGUUCCGGUGUACUAUAGCGUCAUGAAGGACUAUUCCCAUGAGGACUCCGAUCAUGACGUCACAGAACAAGAAGAUCUAAAUGGUUUCCCCGCAACAGUGAAGAAAAGUAAACUUUAUAGAUAAACGUGGUGACCAUGAAACAACAUAGACUUUGAGAAGUACGUGGUUGUAUUUUACACUGUCUGGAACGUCCUAUUGAAAAUUGUUUCUGCCAUAUGCAGAGAGCACACAACAAGAUUAAUUUAAGAGCUCUCUAGGGCAUUUAACAAAAUAGAUUCCUAAAGGGCAAAUUAAUUUGCUUUUCCUGAAUGCUAAUUUAUUCAUAAUCAGUAUUGUGUGUCAGACUUUUGA